CACAUCCCACCCGCAGGCACUAUACUCCGUACGUCCACUCACGCGUGCCUCCCGCACUGCACAACGCUGAAUCCUAGGAUAACUUCUUCUAGUGGCACCUCCAAGCCUCCAAGGCUUACUCCCAGCUCCCCCACUGGACCGCCGCCAGCAACUUCUGAAUCGUCCGCCGCUGCCAAAUGGGUCCUCUCCCAGGCCACUCGAACGCCUCCACACGGGUGUAGCGUGGCUCGGAUGUGACGUGGGUCAGGGAUCAGUGGGGGCGUAGCGUGCGUAGCGUGCUGGUGGUGCAGGAGAGUCAGGGAUCAGCGACGACGCGACGGAUCACAGCGCGCUGUACAGUACAGUAUCUCAGGGUUCAAGCGUGGGUCGGGCUGUUCGUCUGGUCGUGGGCCGCAGGAGAAGAGCUGCUACUGCUGGAUAGGACUGUGCUGUGGGCUCAAUUUCGCUGGGAAUCCUCCAAUGCCUAACCACGACAGCACACCUGCCAAUGUCGGGUAAGUCUGGGUUUAUGGGGGAAAGGAGGAUGCACGGAGCAUAAGGUGGUCGGGACGGUGAUGGAUACUGCUGUACUCUGGCUGGAGGAGGAGAUACUUUCGUAUCAGCUCAUAUCAGUGUUCUGUCAGUGGAGACUAGGCACCUGAAUCUCCCUUGCUCACUUCUCUCCCCUCUCCCUUCCUUCCUUCGCGCAUAGUGUAUGCCUCCGUCCCUCAUUGCGGCUCGCUCGACUCCAACAAAGCUGUGCGUGCACUGCAGUUAGACAGCAAGCCUGUCAGCAAACCCUCACUCACUCACUCCGCUGCCUUUCUACUUUCCCUCCUCUUUUCCUUCCCUUCCUUCCCUUUCACCGGCUCUUGAUCGACUCUUGGCUUUGAUCGAGCUGCUCUUCGCAUCUUGCGAUUCUGUUCUUUGCUCACCUUGGCCAUUUGGCUGCCUUGCCGUUCGUUUUCCCCUCUCAUCAUCACCGCCAGCAGUCACAGGACUACCCACAGGCUCGACGCCAAACCAAAACAAGAGUGAACAGGAUACACUCGACAAAAACACUGGAAACUACCAAAAAAAAGUAACCUGUCGUCAAUUAACUCGCUCGGAGCUUCGGAUUGUGGUUGCCUUUACUCUCACGCGGACAUAUCGCGCAUGAACCGUUGUUGCAGGUCCUGAAACGCCAAUUUUUUUCUCAUACGCAUACGCUACUAAAUUCGACACCUCCAUCGGCUGCUUGGCUGGCCCUUUCACUCUUUUUGUGUGUGUGUUGCAUUCCGAUUAUUCGAUUCUACGAUAUACCCACCAAGGCGACUUUUCUUUGUUUGCCUCAUUUGAACCAACACCAAUCUCGUUUCACAACAAAUUCACUUCUUCGACUCGAACUUCGGAAAAUAUACCAGGUCUUCCUUCUUCCGAUUUUGCGCCAGUCGCCCGGAGUCGCAGAGUAGUGCAGUGCGGCCUUGCGGAUGCUGGCAUUCUUCACAUUCUAUAUACUUUCUGGCAGAGGACAUACGCCUAUCCGAUUCUAACAAUUGCGCGCACACCAUUUCCGACUUCGAAGAUGCAAAGGCGCUCUACAUAUAUUCUACUAUAAACCAUUACACCCGAAUUGGUUGCAAUGGAUUUGCCCAUACAAAAACCCACCGAAUUAAGCCGCAAUGGCGGCUCCGUGAAGCGCGCGAGGGAACAGGCGGAAAGGGAACGUCUACAGGCGACCUCAGAAUCACCACCACGGAUGCGCCAAGGCCAACAACAGGCGCGCGGCGAGAACCGCCCGAGGCAACCUUUACCACAAGCUAUUACGGCGUCACGAACAGGACAGGGGAUAGGAGCAGCGAUAUCGCGCCCUACGCCUGCCCCGCAAUGGCCUCUUUCGUCGCAAACGGGGAGGCCGGAGAUAAAUGAUAACGCACAGCAAUACCAACCUCCGUCGGGGCGGGGUAAGGCUCCUCAGAGGCCGCCUCGUCCUAGUUUUGUACCGUCGAUUCUUGAUGCCUCGAAGGUGCAGGAUCAUACGCCGUCGUUUCCGUAUCAACCGAAAUCAGGACCGUCACAAUCCGGAUCACAGUCGAGGGAGGCGCAACAGCAUUUAGAUGACAUGCGAUCACCGGAUAUGUUGUCGCCUGUCACCCCCAUGACCAUGCAAUCAAGAGCCUCGACGAACUCAUCCGUUGGGACAAUUGGGACAAUCCCCGACUUCCCCAUCCCAGUAACCGGCGCAAACCACAGCAACUCGACCGGACUCGGACCACCCCCUUCAUCCCGCCGCGGGCCGUCCUCCUACUACUCAAUGCAAUCCUUCGUCUCCCCCAUCCCGGAAGAAAGCCCCAAAGCCACCACCUCGCACGGCUCCUACGCCUCUAGCACCGCCAUCCCAUCCAACUGGGGCGAGAUGAGGUACGGCUACGAGACGGACCAGCAAGCGCUCUUCGAUAAGGAGAUGAUGAUGGGCGAGGACACUGAGGACGCUGAACCGAGCGUGGGCAUCGUCCGCAGCGCGAGCGUGGGGAAGAGGGCGAAGCCGAGUAUUAUCGUGACGAAGAACCAGCAGGAGAAGACGCCUCCGCAGUCGAGAGGAGGGGUGUUGGAGAAGACGAGGAAUCUGCAGAAUGCGGGGGUUAUUGAGGGGACGGGGAGGAAGGGGGUGCCGCAACAGCGGGCGAAUGGUGCGCAGGGGGGGAUGUUGGUGCCAAUGGCGAUGCAGAGGGAUACGACGUGGCCUACUUUUGGCCCUGAUUCGCCGACGGAGGGGAAUAAGGAGUUAGGUGAUUUGUUAUCAUCAUCUGAUUCCGACUCGACGCUCACAUCCUCGCCUACCGGGAUCGAGAUGGAGAAAUUGGCGCCGAUCGCAGCAGUCCCCGCGGCAGCGAAGAUGAAUUCGCGAAGUCCGUCGGGAAGUCCAUUCGAUUUGGGCGGCGGGGAGAAGGAGAUCCAAUAUAGCCGCAACUCCGCGAUCCGUCGGCCCCCGCGGCUGAACAUGGAUGCGGUGCGCGACGCGGAGGCGAGGGGGAGUCUGACGAGUUUACCGGAUUUGAUUAGACGAGCUACGAGGUUAGCAUCCAUGAUGAAUGAGGGCAAACGACCUGCGAGCCGGCUGAACGAUCUUAAUGAUUUCCCUCCCCCUGGGGGAGAGAAGGGGAAGGCUGGGAAUGGUCGCCAUCGCAAUACUCCUUCUGGAAUCUCCGGUAUGCUCGCCGCCUUCCCUCCGCCGGGUCUAGCUACGCCGGUAGACACACCGAAGUCCGGAACCCGCUGGCCCGCCUACGAGUCCUCCCUCGCCGACCUCCGCACCCCCAACGACGAAAACGACGCACGUCCGCGCAACGGACGGCGCUGCUGCGGAAUGCCGAUCUGUUGGUUCCUAAUCCUCCUCAUCGUUUUGUUACUUGUGAUCGCCGCCGCUAUCGUGGUUCCGCUAGAACUACUGGUGUUGAAUAAAAAACCUGAUGCGAAUCAAAACCUCUCGGCGCUGCAAAUCUGCGAGAAGGAUAGCACGUGUAAUAAUGGCGGGCAGAGCAUCAUUAAUGGGGGGGUGUGUAGUUGUAUCUGCGUCAACAAUUUCACCGGCACAAACUGCGACGACGAAUCAGCCGUCGGUUGCACCACCGUCAACUUCACAUCCACCGCCACCACCUCCACAAAAGCAAAAACAUACACAGACGUCACUAUCGGCGUCUCCAUUCCCGCCCUCAUCUCCAACGCAGCAGUGGAUUACAACAUCCCCCUCGACUUCGCCAAAGUCGUCUCCCGCUUCAGCGACGCGGAUCUAAGCUGUGACGCCCAGAACGCGAUUGUGUCAUUUAACCCCGGCGCCGUGAGCCAGAGCGCCGCCGUUGCGCCGAGUGCGGGGACGUCCAGGACUUCCGCGGCGGCGACGACGGGGCCAACGAGUAUUGUCCAGGGAUCGGGUGCGAGGAGGCGGCGCGCGGAAGAAGUUGAUGCGCGGUUGGCGCCGAGGACGGAGGAGGUUAUGCCGUCGGAAACGUCGAGUAUGCCUGCGGAAUCACAGUCCUCUACUUCUGCGCCUACUUCUACUCCCACUUCCUCGUCAUCGGAUUCUUCUUCUUCCUCAGCGGCAUCCGCAGCAGAAGCAGCGGCGGCGGCGAACUUCACGGUAUCGGAAUCUACACUCGAUUUCUCGCGCACCGCUGUGUUGUAUAUCUUGCAAACCCUCUCUCUCGAUGCUGCGGCGGUGGCGCAGACGAAGAUUACGAGUUUUUUGGUGGGGAAUGUGUAUACCAGCGCGGGGAAUGUGACGGUGGGGAGUGGUGUUAGUGUGGACUUUUUGGGGUGGAAGGUUGAUGCUGGGGAGGGGGUUGUGGGGGGAGGUGGGAAGAGGGAUGUUAGGAGAAGGGGGGUGGGGUUGGGGUUGGAGUAA